AUGGCCAACGCUCCUCACGGUGGUGUCCUCAAGGACCUCUUCGCCCGCGAUCUGCCUCGCCAGGCCGAGCUCCAGGCCGAGUCCGAGAAGCUUCCCGCCCUCGUCCUCACUGAGCGUCACCUUUGCGAUCUCGAGCUGAUCCUCAACGGUGGCUUUUCUCCCAUUGAAGGUUUCCUCACUGAGAAGGACUACAACAGUGUCGUCGAGACCAACCGCCUCGCUGAUGGCGCCCUCUUCUCCAUGCCCAUCAACCUCGAUGUUGACCAGGCCACCAUUGACCGGCUGAGCAUCAAGCCCGGCGCUCGCAUCACCCUCCGCGAUCUCCGUGACGACCGAAACCUUGCCAUUCUCACUGUUGAGGAUGUCUACCGACCCGACAAGGUCAACGAGGCCAAGAAGGUCUUUGGCAGCGACGAUGACACUCACCCCGGUAUCAAGUACCUCUUCUCCACCGCCAAGGAAUUCUACAUUGGUGGUAAGCUCGAGGCCAUCAACCGUCUUGAGCACUAUGACUUCCUCGACCUCCGCUUCACCCCCUCUGAGCUUCGCUCUCACUUCAACAAGCUCGGCUGGCAAAAGGUCGUCGCUUUCCAGACCCGAAACCCCAUGCACCGUGCUCACCGUGAGUUGACGGUCCGCGCCGCCCGCUCCCAGCAGGCCAACGUCCUCAUCCAGCCCGUCGUCGGUCUCACCAAGCCCGGUGACAUUGACCACUUCACCCGUGUCCGUGUCUACAAGGCUCUCCUGCCCCGAUACCCCAACGGAAUGGCCGCUCUGGCUCUUCUUCCCCUGGCCAUGCGCAUGGGUGGUCCCCGUGAGGCCCUCUGGCACGCCAUCAUCCGCAAGAACCACGGUGCUACUCACUUCAUCGUUGGUCGUGACCACGCUGGUCCCGGCAAGAACAAGCAGGGCAAGGACCACUACGGCCCCUAUGAUGCUCAGUACCUCGUCCAGGAGCACCAGGAGGAGCUUGGCAUCAAGAUGGUCGAGUUCCAGGAGAUGAUCUACCUCCCCGACACCGACGAGUACCUCCCCGCCAACGAGAUCCCCGAGGGCACCCGCACCACCAACAUCUCCGGUACUGAGCUGCGACACCGUCUCCGAACCGGCAAGGAGAUCCCCGCCUGGUUCUCCUACCCCGAGGUCGUCAAGGUCCUCCGCGAGCAGAACCCCCUGCCCGCCCAGAAGGGUUUCACCGUCUUCAUGACUGGUUACCAGAACAGCGGCAAGGACACCAUCGCCCGUGCCCUGCAGGUCACCCUCAACCAGGGUGGUGGCCGCUCCGUGUCCAUGCUCCUCGGCGAGAACGUCCGACACGAGCUCUCCCCUGAGCUUGGCUUCAGCCGCAAGGACCGUGACCUCAACAUCUCCCGCAUUGCCUUUGUCGCCUCCGAGCUCACCAAGGCCGGUGCCGCCGUCAUCGCCGCCCCCAUCGCUCCCUUCGAGGAGGCCCGCCAGGCUGCCCGUGACCUCAUCGAGAAGUCCGGCCCCUUCUUCCUCGUGCACGUCGCCACCCCUCUCGAGCACUGCGAGAAGACCGACCGCCGUGGUGUCUACGCUGCCGCCCGCAAGGGUGAGAUUAAGAACUUCACCGGUGUCGACGACCCCUAUGAGGCCCCUACCAAGGCCGACCUCGUUGUCGACCUUGAGAAGCAGACCGUCCGUUCCAUCGUGCACGAGAUUGUCCUGCUCCUCGAGAGCCGUGGUCUCCUCGACCGCCUGUAA